AUGACAGAAAAAUAUCUGCUCCUCGCUCUCUACACCAUGACCUUGCUCAUCGGUCUUCCCACCAACCUCCUGGCCCUUCGUGCCUUUGUCCGGCGCGUGCGGCAGCCCCACCCUGCCCCGAUCCAUGUCCUUCUACUCAGCCUUACACUGGCAGAUCUCCUCCUACUGUUUAUGCUGCCCUUCAAGAUCAUGGAGGCUGCCAGUAACUUCUUGUGGCCCCUGGGCAAGGUAGCCUGUGCCCUUACUGGCUUCGGCUUCUACAGCAGCAUUUACUGCAGCACCUGGCUGCUGGCUGGAAUCAGCAUCGAGCGUUACCUGGGGGUGGCCUUCCCCGUCCAAUACAAGCUCUCCCGGCGGCCCAUCUAUGGGCUCGCUGCAGCUCUGGUCUCCUGGAUCCUGUCCUUCGGACACUGCAGCAUCGUGAUCAUAGUGGAGUACUUGGGACCGAGAAACAAGACAACAAACCAGACCAUCUUUGAAUGCUAUGACCAUUUUAACGAAGAUCAGCGGAAAGUGGUUCUCCCCGUCCGGCUGGAGCUCUGCCUCGUCCUCUUCUGCCUGCCUAUGGUCGUGACUGUCUUCUGUUACUGGCGCUUCGUGUGUCUCAUGCUCAGCCAGCCACAGGUGGGGGUCCAGCGACAGCGAAGAGCCGUGGGUCUUGCCAUUGUGACUCUUCUCAACUUCCUUCUCUGCUUUGGACCUUACAACGUCUCCCAUGUGGUAGGGUAUUUUGAAGGCGAAAGCCCAAGCUGGAGAAAGUAUGCUGUGAUGUUCAGCUCCCUCAAUGCUGGCCUCGAUCCCCUCCUUUUCUACUUCUCUUCCUCUGCUGUCCGCCGAACCGUUGGAGAUGGACUGAUGGCUCUGCGGAAUCAAGGGGCCUCCCUUCUGGGCCGCUGGGGUAGAGGUACUUUGGAGACAGACACAGGAGACAAUGGUUUGAGCCAAGGGGAUGGUGUGGCAAGUUCUGACUUUACCACGGACUAA